AUGCACCUCUUCGACCUCAUCCAGCAAAAACUCGAGCUCUUCCGUCUCGAACAGCGCUACACCAAGAAACGCAACCGCCGCUCCACCUUCGUCUCCGACGCCCUCUACGUCGACGGCGAAUACAUCUACUCGCCCACUUCCCCGCACUUCUCGCGUCACCACACGGGCAGCGAUAGCGAGAUCGAGAAGGUCGGAAAGCAGAGCACGAGCUCGAGUAAUCAUAGCCAGACGACGGGCGCUUCUGGUAUCUCUGGUGUUUCGGUUGUCUCGAGUGCGGCUGCGGAGACGAAGAGUAGGAGGUUAAGUCGUAUGGGACUGGAGAAGAUGGAUUGGAGGAGGGGUGGGAGCUCGAAGGAUGGGGUUGAGAGGGGGAAUGCGAGGGUUAGUGUUAGGGAGGUGAGGUGGGAUGGUGGGCGGAGGAGGUAG